AUGUAUGUAGAUACAGAUGAAGUUUUAGAUCUCGAAAGUACAAAUCCAAAACCUGCAAAUACUGCAUCAAUUCAUACAGAGUCCAGUCAUCGUUUGUCAGUGUCACCUCUUGAUCUUUCGAUUUCUAAUGAUAUCGAACAGAAGAUAAAGGCUCUUUGUGAAUUCCUAGAUGAACUUAAGUGCGAAGAUGUUUCAGAUACUGAGUUAGAUUCAUUACUUCCAUCAUCUAUAAUGAAUUUUUCACCCGAAAUUAACGAAACAAUAGAUAAAUUUGAGUUAUCAAGUUAUAAUUAUACUAUUAAUUAUAAUGAUCCAAAUUCAGUGCAGUUAUAUAGCGAAGAAGCUGAAAAAUAUGACAACAUUCUUCAAAGCAAAUCAGAUGUUAUGUUCACUGUGGAUACUUUAGAGACCUUGUCGACGCAAAUCAGGCAACAAAUGUCAAGUGCAGAAAAUUGGGAUGUAAACGGUUUAAGUGAUCCUACUGAGUUUGAAGGAGAGCAUUCAGCAAAUGAAAUUGAUCAGUCUGAAAUCAAUUUGUUAGGAUCACCAAAAUUGGAUGAUAAUUUAUAUACACCGUGGCAAGAAUUAGUCGAAUCAGCUGCGCAAAAAUCAAUUUCAGUAGACAGUAAAUUAGAUGAACAAGACUAUGUUCAAUGUAUUGGAGCUUAUAUCUCUGGCAUAGGGCAUCGGGAUAUUAUCCCACUACGGAAACGUUCUAGCGGUCUCGAAUUAUUGCGGAACACUUGGAUUAGUCGAACAUACUUUGGGAAUGAUUUACUUAAACAUUUAACAAUUAAUAAUUCGAAUGAAGAGUCUAAUGAGAACAACGUAUGUCGUACAAAUGAAUUUCCAGAUACAUGGUCUAACAAUAAUUGUGAGAAUGCAUUCAUUGGCUCCGGAAUUUUGGAUGUGUUAUCAAAAUUAGUCUUGCCUUUAUCACGUAAAACAGAUGGUUACUUACGUCAAAAUUUAUUAAAAACUGUCAAAUGUACAUAA